UUAAUAUUAGUCUUUUUCACUACCUAAGGGUGAGUAACACAGUUGUCAAAUGUUUACAAGUAAAAAUGUAAGUUUUAAGCAAACUAAUAUACUUGAAGAGGAGCCUCAAUGUCACCUGUUAAUUGCCUGUCUAAUUGUGCCAUUAAUUUUGAUUUUUGUGGUUGCAGAAGACGCAAAAAGAGAAACUAACAAAUUAACUGAUGACCAAUGCUUUGAUAAGUCAAAUAGGUCACCACAUUAUCCACACUUGCUUUUGAGAAAUCUUUCUUGACUGGUAAACUUGACUGCAUGGAGAAGCUUUCAUGUUCUAAAUGUGUGCAUCAUAAUUUUUUGCUUGUAGUUAAGAUGCAUGGUGCAUAUAUUUUAUUUAAUCAAUAUUAUUUAUCAUAUUAUUUAUCGUUGAUGCUUCGUCAGGGGUGUUGAUAUUCUAAAGCGACCAGCAAGAGCAGGAGAGAGGCCGUGGGAUUGCUAUAAAGGCACAUCAGUAGUGUGUGUACCAGUUCACUAUGUUUUGGCGUACAUUAACUCACUGGAAUGCAGAGGAGAAUGGGAUGAUCUUUUUCUAAAAGGUGAAGUUGUGGAGCAGUAUGACCCUAUUACAAAGGUGAACCGAAUGGAAUAUAAGCCAGUAUGGCCAGCAAGCGGUCGUGACUUCUGCUCGACAAUUCUUAUCAGAGAGCUCGCUGAGGGUGUUUUCGGCUUGGCUUCUGAGGCGGUGGAGCACGAGAACUGUCCUGAAAAGAGAGGACUUGUGAGGGGUGAGGUCAUCAUUGCAGGUUUUGUGGUAAAGGAACUGAGCUCGGACCCUCCUCGUUGUCUUGUUACGUACCUUACACGCGUUGAUUUGAAAGGAAAUCUCCCAGCUCGACUUGUGAAUAGAGUGACGGCAUCUCAGCCCCAGGCUGUCGCGGUCCUACGCGACAAGUUAGAAGCGCUUUACCAGGCAGAUGUGAAAUCUGACAGUGUGGACGGGAUGUCACAACUCCAAAAACAAGGCGCUGAUUUAUGGGUGGAGCUUAUGAAAGUCAAGGAAACUCGAAACCCGCAGCGGGAGGGGGCCGCCGCUGAAUGCGAGGAAAAGGGAUCUCUACACGGCUGGAGUUUAGUGGAAAAACAAAACGGUGAAAGUUUACAGUCAUGUAUUGACAUGGAGGAAAGGAGUGUCAUUUCGGACUCAGGAGAAAUGUUUCCAACCACAGAAGAAAACAUGCAGCUUCCUCUUGUGGACAGACAUCACAUUGAUUAUCGAACUCUCGGCAGUCAAGCAGCCGCUAAUCUGUUAGGAGAGGUGUUAUUGGCUUCUAAAGUAGAGAUAUCCAUGUCCGAGGAAUUGAGUGAAAUGGUUUCUAGAGAGCGAGAGUGGAGUUAUCAGAGCAUUGAAAAAGACGUCGUCAUAUUAAGGAAGAUCAAUCCAGGAGAGAAAAUAAACAGUUUCUUAGGUAAAGGAAUGAUCAAAGCAAAACCGCCAACAGUGUGGCAAGCUGUCCGAAAUCACAUGACCCGUCACGUGUAUGACAGAAUGCUAAAGAAAAUCAAGUUGGUGAGACAAGUCGAUGAUCAAACAAAAAUAAUUUAUCUACAUCACGAAACAACACAGUGCUUCGUGAAGCAGUCGCGCGAUUUUGUUGUGCUGGCUGCAGAGCGUGUGGAGCCUGAGAGAUAUGUUUUAGCUGCCACGUCAGUUGAUAUGCCGGAGUUACCACCUACCAAGGAAAUAAUCAGAGGAACGAUUCACUCGAGUGGCUGGAUAAUUGAGCCCGUGCUACAAAAUGGACAGCUGUAUUCUAUGGUGUCGUAUCUGUCACAGAUUGACUUUGGAGGUGCUCUUCCUGCCAGGCUUUUGAAUCUGGUCGCCCGUCGCCAACCGCUCUGUAUUGCCUACCUCAGGGAAUACUUAGAGAAAAUGGAAAAAUGAACCAGUUUAGACAAGAAUAACGUGGGCUACAAUUCCUAAAAUUUCACUUCGAGCAAAGAAUGACUGAUAAAUUGAGGUGUUCAGUAUUAAAUACAUUCGAUAUACAAGUACUGUUUCGCUAAAAUUCGUUGAGAUACCGGAAAUGUUCCAAGUUCUUAUUUUGAUCAAUGAAACAACGGAGGUAAUUGAUUUGGUGCAGAGGAGUUUCCGAGUUUAAUAGCACGUGUAAUCCCGACGUGACGUCACGUCGGCUCGUUGUCCUCAUGAGGAUACCUCAUAUGCCAUGCUACUUAGCAAUCUAGCUGACCACAUGGCGGGCGCAACUGAUUCUCACAAGUGAGAGUUCGAUCUAAAACCGUUUCUGUUUGGGCAGAGUUUCUGUUGUAGCAACAUUGUUUCCGUUAAAUUAGGGUUAGUCAAUGUGACUAAUGUGACCACGAUAAAUAUAUAAAAUAAUAUAUUUUUGUUUUCUCUGUUCAAAAGGGAAUCACCCAGUCAACUCAUUAGUUGCCAAUUGAAGUAAAAAAUACAUUUUUUUAUUGGUGCAAAGCUCUCUAUCCGUUACACGAUGUUCUAAAAAAUGCUAAAAGUAAUAAGAAUUUAGUUAAACAAAAUCACCGGGAAAUGUUAAUGGCAGUUUUCACAGUCGAAAAGGAUAGCCUUACUUGUCACAAACUGAUGACAACACGUCAAAAAGCCACACAAUUAUCACAGUGUUAGACGCAUAACUUGUCUGAUAUGAAAAAACUGAUGAUGUCCGUAUACUUCUCCUUAUCCUCGGACGGAUUAGUGCGAUAAAUAUCGUCCAAAGUUGUAUUCAUUCCGUUUUGAUGUUAGGCGAGUCUGGCUUUUAAGAUGGACAAUCAUAUGAGGCAAAUUAUCUGUCUCUAUUGUGAAGCCCAGCCAGUGAUAGCAAUUUUACGUUUUAUUAAUUGAAAAUGUUAUUGUAAUGGAUUAACUUAUUCGGUUAUAACUGUUUCAGAUUUCUUUUCCAAAUUAAACGAAAUCUUAAAAAUUGUACGCAUUUAUCUCUUUUUCUGAAAUCUUCAGUUCUUUUAUUCUAGACGAGCUACUAAAAUGUUAUGUUAUCCCUUAUUUACAUUGCUUUCUACCAGCAGACAAUCAGUAAUUAAAAUUAAUGGCAAAAAAUAUACCAGUUAACAGAAAGUGAAUAAAAUACCUAUGGCAAUA